AUGCCCAACCCCUGUCCCGCCUGGAGGCGGCUCUGUCUAGCUGUCCUUCUCGUCGCAACUCUGCUUUGUGGGCUUUCAGCCGCAAAUGACACAAGUUCCCCUGCGUGUCGUUGCAUGCCGCAAGAUCCCUGCUGGCCUGAAGAACAUAGAUGGGCCCAAUUCAACAAAACAGUGCAUGGGAACUUGAUUGCAACUAUCCCGAUUGCCAGCGUCUGUCACAUCGACGCGUUCACACCGUACAAUCAAUCGCAAUGCGCUCAACUUCAGUCCAAUUGGGGAUUCCCAGAAACGCAUUAUGAGAGCUCCUCGUCGAUUAUGGCACCGAUGUUCACAAAUUUAAGCUGCAAUCCCUUCUCAUCCAAGACUUCACACUGCACGUUCGGGAACUACGUCCAGUACGCCGUGAAUGCAACAGAUGCUGCUCACGUCCAGAAGACAAUUCGUUUUGCUGCUCGUCACAAUAUCCGCCUUGUCAUCCGCAAUACUGGACAUGACCUACUUGGGAAGUCUACUGGCGCUGGAGGGCUGGCAAUCUGGAUGCAUUACAUGAAAGAUAUCUCCAUUGUGGACUACGACUCACCAAACUAUUCCGGCAAGGCCAUGAAGAUGGGAGCUGGGGUCCAAUCCUUUGAAGCCAGCGACGCGGCUUAUAAAGCUGGGCUUCUUAUCGUGGGCGGCAACUGUCCAACGGUCGGGCUGGCAGGGGGAUAUUCGCAAGGCGGCGGGCAUGGCCAACUGGUGUCCCAUGUUGGGCUCGCCGCUGAUCAGGUCCUGGAAUGGGAGGUUGUUCUUGCGAACGGAAAGCUGGUGACCGGGUCACCAAUGAAUCACCCGGAUCUCUACUGGGCAUUGUCAGGUGGAGGUGGAGGGACUUACGGUGUUGUUGUGUCGAUGACGAGCAAGGCUUACCCUGAACUGUCAACGGCAUCGGGUAACUUGACAUUCUCCGACACCGGUGUAUCGCGAGAAACAUUCUUUGCAGCGGUCGCCAUGUUCGUAUCGAUUCUUCCCUCGAUCGGGGAUGCUGGAGGUACUAGUAUUUGGUGGUUAACGAACACUACACUGUCAACAACGCCUACUACCAUUCCUGGCGGCACAGCGACACUUUUCAAUUCUCUUUUUAGACCUUUGACUGCAUUCCUCGAAGAAAACAAGAUACAGUACACAUAUUAUGUGAACGAUUUCCCUACAUACUACGAUGCCUACCAGACGAUGACCUCACCGAUCAACAUAACUGAUCAGCUACCUGGUGGUCGCCUCAUUCCAAAAUCCGUAGUCGAACAACGGCCGACUGAUCUAAACACCAUCUUCCGUAACAUCGUCGAAAGUAACGCCGGAUUCCUCAUUUCAGGAGUUGUGGUGAACUCGUCUCGAGUUCCAUAUCCCGACAACAGCGUCAAUCCAGCCUGGCGAGAUGCGUUGAUGGACGUCAUAAUUGGAGCGCCAUUCGACUAUACUGGCUGGGAAGGCAAUGUCGCUCGCCAGCAGACCAUUACCGACGUUCUUAUGCCGCCGCUAACAGAAUUGACACCUGGAAGUGGCGCAUAUUUGAAUGAACCCGAUCCAAACCAAAGGGAUUGGCAACAGGUGUUUUAUGGUGACAACUAUAACAGUCUACUAGAGAUCAAGAGGAAGUAUGAUCCUUACAAUAGGUUCUACGCUUUUAAGGCUGUUGGUAGUGAGGCUUGGAGUGUAGCUGAAAAUGGGCGAUUGUGUAAGUCGGAAAGUUACCAGAGGGGGCAGAUAUCUCAGGGGAGAUACAUAUGA